UUUUUUUCCAUUAAAAGUUUUCAUUUUGGAUUACUCUGAGUUCAUGUAUAGGACUUACAUUGUCAUCAGUGUUAUUUAUUUGAGCGAGGCUGAGGAAUUGGGAAGUUACAAGUGAUGAAUCAUUUACUUAGAAUUUGAGAAUGAAAACCACUGAUCAACUAGUUUUAAGAAUUCUAGUUUUCAGAGAGUAAUGGUCUUUUCUCUAAGGAGAUUUUGGUUUGGGGACUCGUUUUAAUUGGAUUAGGUGGUAUGGAGUGGUUUAUGGCUGAUUAAUUUAGUGUGUAGGGUGACAAUUUGAAGAGUUGGAGAUGAGAUUAAGAAUUAAUUUCGGGUUUUGUUAGACUUAACUUCUUGGUUCUGUAUGCUUUACAGCUGCUUUGACUAUUUUUAUGUUCACAAAAUUCAACAUGCAUUAAUGACUUUGUGAGAGAGUUCUUGGGAAAAAAAAUUAAUUUUUCUGACAAUGUGGCGUCCUGUUUGAUUUCUACUUCUUUGACCUUUGAGUGGCUGGCAUUGUCCACCUUUUCCAUUAGUUUCUCAUGAGAAGGAAGACUGGUACUAUUAUACAGGGCAAUCAGUUGGGUUUGCUUUCUUGUGUUUGUUUUACCUUCUCUUCUUUUUUAGGCAAAGUGAGGCCUUUCUUUCUUCCAAAAAAAAAAAAGUAUCCAUAGUUUAAGAACCAUGUUGAUGAAUAUCUGUUCUUUAGUUUGAUGUAUUUCAUUUGUAGAAAUUUGAGGGCUGUUACUUGAAUUAGGAAUGAUAAUUUCUGAAGUUUGGUCUCUGCUAUUUAAAUUUGGUCUUGUGAUCAUGAUUCAAUACGGAGCUGCUGGUGAUUUAUCUUAGAGCAUUGGGAUAGUGGAUUUAACAUUGAUUUUAUAACAUUUGGUUGUGAAGCUCAUCACUGAAAUCUGAGUGUUCAUUGUUUUUUAUAAAUUGAUUGUGUUUGGUAAUUGAAUCAGUAUGGGAGCCAAUUGCUGUGUGGCUACAAAGGAAAAGCCCUUGCCAUAUGAAAAUAGAUUUGAAAUUUCUAAUCAUAGGAACAUCAGAAACUCACCAUCGUGGAGCUUUCGAUGGGACAAUAGAACACAUAUAGAGGAUAUCAUCGAUACUCCUAUUAGGUCUGAAAUCAAGAGGGGGGCAAAACCAGAAACUGAAGGCAUUCAAGGUAGAGGAGCUCCUUUGAACAAAUUCAGGUGGCAGAAGUCUUUUACUCAAACAGGAACUUCUGAUCAAUUUGAUGUUGGAGUUGCAGAUAGAUCCACAGAGGGCAAUUCAUCCCCUGAGGGAAAGAAAUCAAUUAAGUCAUUCGCUAGUAAUUCAGAUACCAAGCCAUCAAUGUCUAUUCCUUCAACUCCGGCUUCAUCUGUGUUCAGAGGCAGUCCUUCAUCCACUAGAAGUCACUCCCUGCCAUCAGACCCAACUUCUUCAGUGAAUGAAUGUCAUUCACAAGGUUACCAGUUUUCCAGGCAAGUCUUCCAUACUACUCUACAAUCGCAAUUAAACACGCUAACUGACCACAGCUCUCCUGAAGCUCAACGGUCCUUUGGAGUGUCGCAAAGUGGGUCUUCUGAUGCUUGGUCCAUGAGAACCUCCUCUGAGUCAGUCAUGUCAUCUUCACAGAGAGAUAGAUGGUCAAUUGACAAUGAGAACCAUAGCUCAAUCAGUAGCAAGGUAGCUACAACACCGAACAGCCAAUUACCGUCUUCUCUCUCUGCUGAUUUGCAAACAUGUGGAGUUUGUGCCAAGUUGUUAAAGCAUAGACCUCGAAGGAGAAUCGGCGAUGAAAUUCCUGUUGUCUCGGUUCUUGUUUGUGGCCAUGUCUACCAUGCUGAUUGCUUGGAAAGUGUGACACCUGAAACCGAUAGAUAUGAUCCCUCAUGCCCUGUUUGCACCUAUGGUGAUAAAUAUAAGUCUCUGAUACUUGCUAAAGCAGAAUUAAAGGCCCGAAGCAAGAUCCCGAGAAUUACAGUCAUUGAUAUUGAUAGUGAUCCUGUUUCUGAGCAUGAAAAAUUUACUAAAGACGCUAAGUUGGUGUCAAAUUCAAGCAUGAUGAAGAGCACCUUUGGGCAGCCUUUCUUGAGGCGGCACUUCUCUAUGGCACCACGGUCUCCGCUUCGGUCAGUAUCAGAGAGUGAAGCUUCAUCGAGGAAGAGGGGGUUCUGGGCCAGGUAUCAAAAAGAGUCGAAGAAAGGCAAUUGAUCCUCUCGUCAGUAUAAUUUGCAUUCCGAGCAUUGCGUGCAUUGUUGAAAUCCUGCACUUGCUUUCCUCCUGAGCAAAUACAAUCCAUACAGCAUUCUUCUAUACUGCACAGCCAUAAAUCACACGACAGAUUACGAUUGUUCACUAUGGAGAAUUCAUAGGUACUGCUGGUUUGAUUGCUUUCUAGCAAGUUUGAUCAAGUAGACUUCUUAGCUUAUAGUUGUUAUUAAGCCUAUGAGGGCCGUAUAAUACAAUUUGUUCAUGUCUCGAACAAGAUGCUCUUGAUUGCGUGGAUUCACAAUAUUCAAUAGCAUCUCUGUUUUCACAGUUACUGGAAGAAGAGGCUUUCUUUGAUUGUUAUUA